CUGUGCUGGAUUUGAGAAUUAUACUCGGCAUUAAGCCAUGGAGCAACGCAUAAAUAUGUUUGACCCUCUGGGGAUCACUUCGUCUGGAGCAGGCCAUAUCAGCAGUGCAUAUAUUUGAGUCUCGGUGCUCCGUUCGUUUACAGUGACAUCCUAUCCUACACCGCUACCAGUCAGACUUAGGGAUAUCAAAGAAAGCAUCAACACCGAGGACUCCGAGACGACGACAUCAUGGUCACCGAAGCAGAAGCAAAGCAGAUAUUCACCGACUCGAUUCACUUCGAUUCGCUCAUAGUAGCCAAAUGGAGCCCUGAAACUUUCGCUGCACUGCAUGCCAGCGGAAUCACGGGGGCGUCAUGCACAAUCUCGAUCUGGGAAGACUUCAAACAGUCGAUAAAACAAGUCGUCCAAUGGAAGAGGUGGUUCGAAGAGCAUGAGGGAAUCAUUGUGCAGGCGUACACGGCUCAAGAUGUGCGCCGAGCGAAGAGUCAAGGCAAGACGGCGAUCCUCCUGUCCUGGCAAAAUACCGCUGGCAUUGAAGACCAGCUCGACUACUUGCGUGUGUUCCACGAGCUGGGAGUGCGCAAGAUGCAGCUGACUUACAACACGCAAAACUACUCUGGUGCUGGAUACACGGAAUUGAACGACUCGGGUCUGACGGGAUUUGGGCGCGAAGUCGUGGAUGAGAUGGCCAAACUGGGAAUGAUUGUCGAUCUGAGCCACCUGUGUACCGAAAAAGGUGGCUACGUUGGUAUCAACUGCUUUGGCCCGCACAUGCCUAAAGGCAACGACAGUACUAUAGAUGAUUAUGUUGCCGCUCUUGACUACACCAUUGCUUUAUGUGGCGAGGAUCACGUUGGCAUCGGCUCAGACAACGCAGACGGCCAUAAGCGGCCCAGUGCCUUCAUGGACUGGGCCAACAAGGACAAGGGCUACGCCCGACGUUCGACACCUUGGGGAACCUCUGCAAAGGUUGUCAAGCCACUUGGGCCUCUGGAGAACCGACCUGAAUUGCCUGUCGCAAUGGCGAGAGCCGGCUGGAGCGAGGAGAAAAUUAAAAAGGUGUUAGGGGAGAAUUGGCUGCGAUACAUGGAGACCAUUAUAGGCAGUUGA